AUCGUCCAAUUCUGCCUUUCACUUACAUGUAUUACCAUGCCCGUCACUUGUUACCGUCCCGGCAGCACCCACCACCGGUACAGUACUGGUACCGGUACCGGUACCGGUACCGGUACCGGUACCGGAUGUUGACCGAUCCACUUUGGGGCCCAGCGAGUAGUAGACGCGCAAUCCACUCUGCAGGUUUGUUUUCUCGGUUCGUGCCAUUGGCGUCAUUGCGCACCCUUCCUGAAGAGUUGACCGUUGUCUAAGAGAGCCUCCGUUGGUUCAACAGCUGAAGACGACAUGUUUAGAGAGCUUCUGCAGUUACAUAGCCAAGUUUUAUGUGCCAAAGAGCAACGGGCGGAAACCUGGAGAUCACAACGGCAUCAACAUGCAGGCUCUGAGAAGCUGUCGUUGGGAGAGAAAAGCUCAUUCAAUUCUCUGGAAGCAUCGUUACAGCUUGGAGCUGGCCACCACCGUUUUCCCGACGACAAAGAUUAAGCUUACCCAAUAUUAGCACACAUAUCGAGGCGCAUUCAUCAGCCAUGGGAAAACCUCGACUAGAAUCUCGAAACAGCUCGUCAGCUCACGAUGACACCGUUGACGAAAGGGAACUUCCAGAGCUACUUCCAGAGUUGCGAGAAGGAUCAGAGCCCCUUGAUCUUUUAAAGUGGGAAUUGACUGCCUUGAAAUUAGGUCGUGAUCUCGAUGAUGCGAUUACAGAGCCCAAAACUCCUUGGGAGGCCGUCAAAAACGUUAGAGAUGCAGUCGCUGCUGAGAUUGAAAUCCGAAAGAAGCACAAACCCGGACGCACCAAGGCCAUGGACGAUCGUCCGCUUGGUUUUAAAACGGAAGAGAAGUUGGAAACCAUUGGUAUUCAAGCCAAGGCAGCAGGUACGGUAGAUAAUCCAAUUAUGGCAAGCAAGAGCUUGGAUAGUACGGGCAGGAAGGGGAAGAAGACGCCAGAGAAAUCAGAAAAAAAUUCCAGCAAAGUAGCAUCCGCAACAGCUCUGAAGAAGAAGCCCCCGCUACCGCCCCGCCCAAAGCCGCCUCUUGCUCCACCAAAGCAAUCCGGUGCGUCGCCUCCCUGCAAGCAAACACAGCAGCCACAGGAAGCCCAACAGGGCACACUUGCCCCGAGAGGUGCAACCCUUUCCCCGGGAACAGCGACCGAGGCUGAGCAGAAAACUGCUCCCAUUAAGAAUGGAGGGAAGCACAACUACUUUCAACCUAUUGUCAUUGAUACAGUAGACAGAGGCAACUAUGAUGAUCCAAUCCUGCUUCUUAGUGGAAGCAUUGUCUCAUCCCCAUCAUUCAAAGAGCCUCUGUUCACCAACUCGGCCGAUUCAGCCUUCAAGCAAGUGAGAUCCAACGACAUUUUCACCAUAGAUUCUAUGGUCGAAAGGGACAGGAGAUUCAAUGGAGACAAGAUAGUUUCCCCUUGCCAAAACAGCAGCAUCAUCAAGUGCGCUUACUCUCUCAUAUCUGAGGAGGAUGGUCCAAAGUGGCCAGACGAGCUCCAGGUUGUUAGCACUGUUCCAUCUGUUGCAGUGCCCACAGUCAACGAAAUGCCUGCAGUCAACGGAAUACCCACUAUAGCGGAGCAUUACGAUCUCAGCCACAUGGAUGCAGACGACCUUGAAGCUGAAUAUGCCCGUUUAGUGAAAGCUAGAGGUGUUGAAAGUGAAGCGAAUCUAACAGGAAGUGAAAGUGUGGAAUACAGGGCAGCUGUAGCUGCUGCUGCUUUAUCAGCGACCCUUUCAGACAAUUCUGGGAGCCAAGAAGAGUCCGAGAAUGCAAGCAUAGACAUGCCUGUAGCGGCAUCCGCUACGAAAGAAAGCGAGACGCAAGAAGAGGAAGACACCAGCGUAGCUGGCCGCAAGUCCAAGCCGUUGGAAGAACUUCGAAAGAGAAGCAUGGUCACCGAAGUAAGCAGCGGGGAUCAAGAUGGAAAGUCGACCGAAGGCAAUGUGGACGAAUCACAGCAACUAUUCAUCCCGGUAAAACCAAGCACCGACGAGCAUGACAAUCGACCAACACUAGAUGGCCCCAAGAAAAACGAAGAAGAAGACGAAGAACGCGAGUUGACACUCACCCGUGAUCCCUCCGCUCUGGAAGCCCCGGAUCCUCGUCAAGCUGAAUCUGAGGAUCCGAUGGAGGAUCAGAUGCUUAGUGCCAGCUCUGAGGGUAUUGACGAGGAAUCCCAAGGAGCCAACACGGAUGACGGAUCCAACACGCAAGACGAAGCCAACGAGGAAAGGAGUAUCGCAAUGAGUGUAGGUGAAGAGCAUAUGCCAUUUUUAUCCGCUAUUGAUGCUGGAACCAAGAGAAAGCGUGACCGCAUUGAUUGCGACUUUCCAUCAAUUGGGAACGUUGUCGCAGGAUACUUUAGUGCUGGGACCUCAAAGAUUACUGACGAAGGAGCCAGGGCUGGGAAAGCUGACAUCAAGAAGACUUUCUUUGCCGAGGCAGGCGGGUGUUGCUUGGCACUUCAUUAGGAGCCAUGGCUGGCUGCUCUGUUUGAUUAUAUUACUGGUAGUUUUAAAAGUUGUUUCCGUAGCCAGCCAAAGACUGCAACAGAUCAAGGAAAAGACGGCAGCUUCCACAGGUAACGAAAGCAAGAUACGUGUGAAACUUUCUUGCCCCUUGAGUUACUUUGAAAAUAAACAAUAUGAUGCGCUACAUAGCUGGACAACUCAAACUACUACUAUUCCAUGGACACUGCUUCAUGGGCCCAGUCAUUUCAGGAUAUUCAGACACCCAAAUACCGCACCUGUAGAGCAGGCAAAUUCAUCCCAUUGGCAACCAUUUUCAUGAGCACAUUUCCAAAUUCCCAUAUGUCUAGAUGAAACAGCUCCGAAACGAUCCCAGGGGCAAUCAUUCUCAUGUGCCCAUUGAGGUACCAGUACAUCCAAGUUCCCAUACCCAGCUGCAGUAGCACAAAUAAAUAAUCUCAUUCCAAGGGAAUCGAAUCCGGACUCGUGGGCUCAUUUGAGCAUUUCCAAAUCACCUCUUCUGGCAGCUUCGCGGCAUGUAGGCAGGACUUGGAUCCCUGGGCAACCAUUUUCAUAACCCCAUUUCAGCAUACUCAGAUCCCCAACAUCUGUAGCAUCAGAGCAUGUACCUUCACCUCAUGGGCAACCAAAUUCAAUCGCACAUUUGAGCACUUCAAAUGUCCUUUCAUCGCAGGAACUGUACAUGCGCGGGCAUUCCAGUCAUGGCCAUCGGCAAGGGCUCAUUGAAUCAUCUGUAUUAGCUAACCACAAGAAGCAUCAUACCGGUACCAGUAGGUACAAAGGGAAGCCUUUCCAAGUGUCCACCUUUGGUGACAUUGGGAAUGGUGUCCUCCUGCAUGCAAAGAGAAACCUUGUGAUGGCCCUAUUUCAGAACAUUCUAUGCCCAGCUGAAGCAGCAUCAGACAUUAUGUCAUAAUCCAAGAGGCAGCAAUUUUCAUUGGCCCCAUUGAAGGACUUCCAAGUGCCCAUUCAAUGCCUUAAAGGAGCACAUCACAGCGUCAUCCCCUGCACUGCUGCAGGAGUUAGAUCUACUUGCUGGCAGCUAGCUUCCUGGUAGUUGAUGAACAUUCACGCCCACCAUUGUCCACUUCAACCCCAAUAGUAACUACCGCUAGCUAGGUACUGGAGACGAAGAAAGAGCUCUAGAGGGACUGAUACUCUGACUCGACUCUGACUGACUCGACUGUGACUGGACUGAACUCGACUCAACGGAGUCACACGAUUUGUUUCUUGAACCUUCUCGAACUCUCCCAAACGGACCAUUUCUCAAAAACUGAGGGGCGAAGCCAACGGCAGAAGAGUAUCAACCUUCAGUAUCUUCACAUCGCUCAAUUGGCUAAUCACUGUCCGUCCUCCCAGAUCAACGGAAACUGAGUUGGUACUUAGCAAAGCCUCAUUCGUUGCUGCCAACCCCAAAUCUCUCGUGCUUUCGAC